AGCAAAGAACUCGUGGCUGAGUGAGACGACUUCCGGCCACCGAGCGUGACGGACGUGUGCUUCAUGGGCUCCCAAGGAGCGGCUUUAGCGGCCCAGCCGGGUCGCGGUAUCAGGAGCACUGAAAUGCCUGCCCAGGAUUAUGAAAUGGUUGUUCCCCAUCUGCCAUCAGGUUCGAGUGUUUUGAACACAGUAUUUUUGCAUGGUGAUGUCACCGCCAGGCCAUAUCGCGUCGAGCAUUUUCGCGACGCCCUAGCGCGUCUGUCAUUGCUGCCGGAUGUGGUUGCCCUUGGGGCAUAUCAGAUGAACCACCUGUGGGCCGUUACUUUCAACAGCGAAGGAGCGAAGGCAAAGAUUCUGCAGGCCGAAGCUUUCAAUGUAAAAGACCACCGCUGCGUGGUUAUUGACCCGACCAACCGAGGUGUCAGGCUGAAGCUGUUUUGGCUGCUCCACGGUGUGCAAGACGACGACGUGCGAGUGGCAUUAGCAGCGUUCGGAAAAGUGACUGAAAUAACCCGCGAUAAAUGGAGGGUUAAAGGCUGCGUUGACAAGGCUUCAACAACACGGUCGGUUACACUGAAACUGAAGGUGGGUGUUACCAUCGAGGACUUGCCCCAUCAGUUGCGUGUUGGUGAGGACGUUGCUCUCGUCCAUGUUCCUGGCAGGGCUCCGCUCUGCCUUCGGUGCCGUGGAAAAGGACAUAUACGCCGUGAGUGUCGGGUGCCACGCUGCGGGCUAUGCCGGCGUUUCGGCCACGAUGAGAGCCAGUGCGUGCGUAGCUACGCUAAUGUUACGGGCCAGGCACGAAAUGAUGAAGUGGCCGAACACAUCAUGGAUGAAGCAGACGCGGUUGAAGCAACCCACGGAAGUGAGGGAGAUGAUGCCACCAAGGAGUCAACAUCCAAGGAAACCGCACCCGCACCCCUUGCAGAUACCAGCCAAGCCGGUAAGGACCAAACCCAGCCGGCCGUCGCAUCAAAGCCAGCGUUCCUUCCGGAAAAAGCGGAUAGCGUGACAGCUGUAAGCCUGGUUACGACUGGGCAGCAGGGCGACAACCAGGAAGACGCCGAUACCGAGAUGCCCGCCGCGUCAAGUGUAGCAGUGAAGCGGGCUCACGAGGAUUCGGAUAUUCAGGAACCGAGAUUGGUCGGUGAACGCGGCGAGGAGCCUCCGCCGAAGGCACCUUCAACGCGCCGCGGACCGUUCAAGCCCAAACCGAAAUUGCCACCGGAACGCAGUACUGCGUCUGCUCUCCCUCCGCCUUAGCGGAGGCUACCUUUGCCACAACGGUUGAAGCCCGGUCUUUGAUCGGGUCAGUACUAAGCUCAAACGCCUUAAUGGAUAUGGUUUCACUCUGUUUGAUGUGUGAGUAGUCUGAUCGGCGUCUCCCUUUUCCUUAGAUGGCUACCAACCUCACGUCCAGCCUACGUGUUGCUACGCUUAAUGUAAGGGGCCUGUCGGCGCGUAGAAGGCAACUGCAACUGAACCGCCUUCUGCUAGAAAACGAAAUAGAUUUGCUCGCGGUUCAGGAAACUAAAAUUGAAGACGAAGAACAAACAGACAGAAUGGUAGCGGUCUAUCGUAGCAGAUACAGCGUUUGCGUAUGUCAUGCUGUUGGAAGAGCGGGUGGAUGCGUUAUUUUUUUAAGAAAUGGUAUUGGGGCUGUUGAUACUGUGUUCUCGUGUGAAAGUGGGCGCCUUGUAAUGUGUGAUUUUGAAUCGGAUGGAGUGGCUUGGAGAGCUGUGUGUGUAUACGCUCCGAAUGCAAUUGCUGAAAGGGAGAGUUUCUUCCGACAGGUGAAGCCUGUCCUGCUUACUGAAAGGCGGGUGAUCUUGCUUGGCGAUUUCAAUUGCGUCUGUAGACCAGAGGAUAGGACAACAAGCCGUUCCUUUCGAGAUCGGAGCGCCGAGUUACUGUCCGAAAUUGUAGGUGAGCACGACCUUGAAGAUGUAGGCUUGAUAUCGACGCAUGAAGGCCGGGCAAUGUACACUCACUUUCAGGGAGGCAGUCAUGCUAGAUUGGACCGUAUAUAUGUUCCUGUCGAAUGUUCGCUGUUAUGUUCUGACUACCAGACGAUCUAUGUCUCUUUUAGUGAUCACUGCCUAGUCAUGGUUACAAUCGGUACGAAGAGAAUAGCUGCGAAAUUUAAUUGGGACUUGUGGAAGUUUAAUGAUAAAUUACUGGAAGAUGAAGAGUACGUGACUAAAGUCAAGGAUUAUAUAGCGAACAUGCUGCGAAGUAACUCCGGAAGUUUUAUGCAAGUAUGGGAGCAGUUCAAAUGCGAUAUUAAAAUAGCCGCUAUUGAUAGGUCAUGUGCGCUCCGGCGAAAAGAAAAACAACGAGUUAAAGAGCUGCAGAGUGCUCUAGAUUUUAUGCUAAGUACGGAGUGCUACGAGCCGGGAUUGUUCACAAGGGAAAUUAAAGAGACUAAAACUAAGCUCGAGGCAAUAGACGAAGAAAUGUACCGUGGCGCAGUGAUAAGGGCGCGUAACGAGAAACUGUGGUCCGGAGAGACGCCUACCAAACGCGCGCUCAGUGAUGAAAAAAGGCACGCUUUGUCGAAAGAGAUAACGGAAAUAUGCUAUCAAAACGAAAUCACAAAUCGAAGAGAAAUAAUCAAACAGGCAUUCGUCGAACAUUACACAGAUAUUUUCAGCCUUAAUACUCCGGACACUGACUACUUCAGA